AAAAAAAAAAAAAAGAAGGGAGAAUAGUUUGAUCCUGAAAGGGGAGGACAAAACAAACCAACUCUAGUUUUUCAACUGAAGAAUUCGGGGGAGAAGGCGAGUUGUAUCUCUUGAAUAGCAAAGCUUGGAAAAAUGGCAGUGAGCUUGGAAGGAGAGAAGGUAAUUCUUGUACCAUACAUGGCGGCUCACGUCCCCAAGUACCACCACUGGAUGCAAGACCCGGCUCUGCUCCAAGCCACUGGGUCGGAGCCCCUCUCUCUCGAAGAGGAAUACCAGAUGCAGCAGUCCUGGACCCAGGACCGCCUCAAGCGAACUUUUAUUGUACUGGAUAAGGACUUGAUAGAGGGAGAUUUUGUUCAUGGAGAUUCCCAUGAGAAAGCCAUGGCAGGUGAUGUAAAUAUAUAUAUGAAUGACUUGGAUGACCCACAACUGGCUGAGAUUGAGAUAAUGAUAGCUGAACCCAAAAGCCGUGGUAAAGGCCUUGGGAAGGAAUCAGUGCUAAUGAUGAUGGCUUAUGCUAUCCAGAACCUUGGGAUCCACAUUUUCCGUGCUAAAAUUGGAGAACUGAAUGGAGCAUCUCUUAAUUUGUUCCAUAAAUUGGGCUUUGAGAAGGCUUCUUAUAGUGAAAUCUUCAAAGAGGUGACAUUGGAAUUACCACUGACAAGGCCUAAACGUGAGGAACUGCUGAAUUUGAUUGGUAUCAUGGUUACGCAUACAUCGCCCUCAAGAACUGUUAAUUAAUUUUUAUUGUAUUACUCUUUCAAGGAAAUCUUCCCUGGUAACAUACUGUUCUCUUGAGAAGUUCUGAGAUUGUUUUUUACUUUACUUCUGAUCUUUCUCUCUCAAUUUUCUUUUCCAUUUGAGUUAUUGCAAGGAUAAUAAUUUCAACCAUGUUGAAAUCACAUUGCUAAUUUGACAUUUCCUUAUCAUA